AUGGCCAUUCAGGGUCAGGAGGUAUCCAAGCCGUUCUACAACCCAAUCUUGCCCGGAUUCCAUCCCGAUCCGAGUUGCAUCUUCGUCCGGGAACACAAUGAAACGUUCUACUGCGCCUCUUCAAGCUUCAAUGUUUUCCCUGGUAUACCCAUUCAUGCAAGCCAGGACUUGACUACUUGGAGAUUAGUUGGCAAUGUCUUGAAUCGGCCAGGCCAGCUUCCAGACUUGGCAAUAUCGAAUGGGUCUACGAGCGGCAUUUGGGCACCGGCACUUCGACAACACAAUGGGACGUUCUAUCUGGUGACCACAUUAGUUCAUGAUAAACGAGCCCCAGAGGAUCCUUCACGAUGGGACAAUAUCAUCUUUGAAACAAACGACAUUUGGAACAACGAUGCGUGGUCCGACGCAGUUCAUUUCAACUUUACGGGAUAUGAUACUUCGCCUUUUUGGGAUGAUGAAGGGAACUCGUACAUCGUUGGAUCACAUGCGUACCGCGUGCAACCUGGUAUCCACCUCAACAAGGUUGAUCUGAAGACAGGAAAGUAUGACGGUGAGUGGACAAAUAUAUGGAACGGCACUGGUGGCCUGGCACCUGAAGGCCCUCACAUUUACAAGAAGGAUGGGUACUACUAUUUAAUGAUAGCAGAAGGAGGUACUGGCCUUGGACAUAUGGAAACCAUUGCUCGCUCAAAGAAUCUGUACGGCCCAUAUGAUCCUAAUCCCGCAAAUCCAAUCUUGACGAACGCGAACACCACAAAUUACUUUCAAACUGUUGGUCACGCCGACAUCUUCCAAGAUCAUCGCGGGCAAUGGUGGGCCGUCGCAUUGGCUACACGCUCCGGACCAGAUUAUGUUACUUACCCAAUGGGAAGAGAGACAGUCUUAACGAACGUAACUUGGGAGAACGGAUCAUGGCCGUUGGUGAAUCAGGUCAGAGGGCCGAUGAGAGGCUGGCAGCUCCCUCGGAUUAUACAGAAUCUUGCAGGCAAUGGCCCCUACGUAAACGAGGGUGAUGAUAACUUGCAAUUUGCCCCUGGAUCCAAGAUGCCACCGCACUUCAUCCAUUGGCGACCUCCAGUUGGAGAUUCGUACGCUAUCUCACCGGAAGGCCAUCCAAAUACUCUAAGGCUAAAGCCUUCGAAGUUGAAUUUAACGGCACUGGAUGGAAAUGCAGGAGGCCCAGGGGGGCAAACCUUUAUAGGGAGAAGACAGGUCGAUACGCUCUUUACUUACACUGUCAGACUCGAUUACAUGCCGAAAAUGGUUGAAGAAGAAGCUGGUGUGACAGUGUUCUUAACGCAAAACCACCAUGCUCGGUUCGGCAUGACUCUUCUUUCCUCCACCAACUCUAGUACUCCCAUCCCUCACUUCCGCUUCCAUGCGAUAUCCUACAUCCCUGUCCCUGAUUCCUUCACAACCCCAGUCCCUUCAAACUGGGUCGGGCAACCGCUAACCCUCGAAAUCAAAACCGUAAACACUACCCAUUACUCCUUUUCGGCGGGACCUGCCAACAACAGCACUUUGCUUCAGCGCUUCGCCUAUGUCCCCGGCUCCAUCUUAAGCUGGGGUUUCACAGGAACUCUGGUCGGCGUCUAUGCUACUAGUAACGGCGGAAACGGUACCGCGGAAGCGUACGUCAGUAACUGGAACUACCUGGGUUGGGGACAGGUACGGGAUAACUGGGAUGGGCCCCUCAAACAGGGCUUGGAGCAAGGAGAGAUUAACUAG